AUGCAAAGGCAUUCACUCGGUCGACGAUCGGGUUGUGCUGUCUUUUUAAUCAUUACCAAUAUUCUCAAUUACAUCGAUCGUUUCACUCUACCAAGUGUACUCACCGAUGUGCAAAAGUAUUUCUCAUUGGGAGAUACUGGUGGCGGUCUUUUACAAACAAUUUUCAUCAUUUUCUUUAUGAUUGCCAGUGCAUUUGGGCAUUUAGGAGAUCGAUACAAUCGUAAAUCAAUAAUGCUGAUUGGGAUUAGUUUAUGGAGUAUUUCACUCUUUGCUUCAUCCUUUAUUCCGAGCACGAUGUUUUGGCUUUUCGUAGUUCUCCGUGGAAUUGUGGGCAUUGGAAUGGCGGCUUUUAGUUGCAUCUCUUUAUCAGUGAUUGCUGAUCUAUUCUCGAGUACAACUCGUUCGAUGAUCUAUAUGAUCUUUUGCUUUGCUGUUCCACUUGGAGCUGGAGUUGGAUAUAUGAUUGGGUCAGCUUUGGCGUCAUAUUUUAAUCAAUGGCAAUAUGCGAUCCGCUUGACGCCAGCUAUUGGCACAAUAUUUGUGAUUGUCGGCUUUCUGCUUCUCGUGGAUCCAGAGCGAGGCGCUAACGAGUUCGAAGAAAUUAAUGGGAAAAUAGAUCGAAGUCCAAGAGCCACUUUUUGGACUCUAAUCACAAAUUUCACAUUUGUCCUCUCUACAAUGGGGUAUACUGGAAUGGUUUUCGUGGCUGGGACAACCGCUUGGUGGCUACCUACAGCAGUUUUGCAUUCUGAAGCAGCUCGCUUGAAUCACACCACAACAGAUGAUUUAUCAUCGGAACAUCGAGAUCAAGUAAAUAUGACAUUCGGCUCGAUUUCUUGCCUUGGAGGACUUGUUGGUGUUGUCAUUGGAUCGCUGCUAUCGGAGGCACUUCGACGAGGAACGCUGAAGAUCAUUCCCCCAAUGCGACAAUCAGAUCCAUUUGUGUGCUUUUUGGGUGCAAGUCUUUCAGCCGGAGCUUUUAUCAUGGCUUUUUACUAUAUGGCAAUGGAUUUAUAUAAGUGUUAUUUGUUUCUCUUGAUCGCUGUCACUGGUCUUUCUUUCAAUUGGGCUAUUAUUGUGACGCUGACCUACUCCGUGGUAGCACCUUACAGACGUAACGCUGCUUCAUCAUGGCAAAUCUUCUUCUCGCACGCUUUUGGUGACUCAUGUGGCCCGUAUAUUAUUGGAAUGGCAUCCGACUAUCUACCUUUUCUCUUUCUAGCUGCCUCUUUUACAAUUAAUAAUGAUAUGGAAAAAUGCAAAAUGGAAACAGAGCACAAAGCCAAUGUGAUUGAUGUGAAAAUGGAGGAAACGAAAGCAAUGAUUGAACAGAAA